GACCGAUUUGUGAUCAAAAGGUCUUUCAGUUUUGACUGUGCCACAUACUUGAUUGGAGAAAGACGUCUGGUACAAGAAACAUUUUAUCAGACACCUGACUUCAUUAACUGAAUAUAAUAUGUUAGAAACCAUUGGGGCAACUGGCUUGUAUGCCAUCAUUGGGGUUAUUACUUUGGCUGUGGCAUCUUUAUUGGGGUUAGUUUUGUUUGCAAGUAAAGAAGAAACAUUUGAAGAUGUCGUUGCUGCUCAAAAGAAAAAACAAGAAGCCUUGUUGAACUCACUUCAAAGCAGCAACAAAGGUGGCAAAAGUAAUAAGAAAUGGACGAAGCUGAAAAACAAAAAGGCUAGUAAGAAAGACAACGAGGAUGGUGAAGUUGACUCUGGGGUUGAUGAUGAUGAGCCUAGCUCAGAAUCAGUGGCUGUUGCACCACCGAAACCAAUUGCAGUUGAACCAACAGUUCAACAGAAAAAGACCAAGACAGAUCAGAAAGAAGAAGCUGUGGCUGAAGCUGUUAAGGAGCCCCAGAAACUCAAAACUGAAAAGCAAAAGAAACAAAAAAAAGUUAAGGAACCAAAAAAAAUUGUUGAAGAGGAUGUUGUAAUUCAAAGUGAACAAGUGGUUGUUGAAAGUGGCAAAUCUGGACCUGAUCGUGAAGAAAUAAUUACUACGAGCGAGGAGAUUUCUGUUAAUUCUCCAAAUCCAAGUGUCCUUCAAGAACUUGCUACAGAAUCUACGACUCAAAAGAAGAACAAGGCAGGAAAGGCCAAACAGGCAAAACAUUCUGAUGUUAAAAAAAAUAAAGAAGCUUCUGGUUUGAGUGCUGAGAAGUUAAUAAAAGAUAUACAAGGUGCACACUUGAAUUCAGGAGAGGUCCAACAAGUCAUUGAUAGUUUACUAGCGAAGCAGAACGAAUCAGAACAAUGGAAAAAGCCUAAUCAAAAAGGUGAUCCAAUUGAAGUUCUUAACAAACGAAUCUCGGAGUUAGAUAUACAGGUUACUGAAGAACGUAAAACUGCACAAAGUGCUGCACACAAGAACAAGGAAUUAAGGAAUGAAUUAGCACGUGAAAGAUCUCAACGUCAAAGUAUUGAAGCCCAGGCUGCAGGCAGAAUAAACCAACAAACAAAAGAAAAUGAAGCACUGCGCAAACAUAUGGAAGAGAAACAUGUUUCUGAAAUGCAAAGUGCACAAGCUCAGAUUCAACGCAUGCAGGAACUUAUUGAUGGUGUAUCACAUAUGGAAUUGCAACGCUUGAAAGACGAAAACAAUCACCUUAAAAAUGCAUCCAUGAGAGCACAGCAAUUAUCUGAAGAUAAAAAAUCACUCAUGAAUGAGUUGGGCCAACUGCAACAAGGGAAUAAACAACUACGACAAGACAUGGAAAAUUCACAUAUAAAAUACAAACAACUAGAACAACAACACAUCUCAAUGCAAGACAAAGUAUCCUAUUAUGAAAAUGAAAUAAAUAAUUCUCAAAGAGCAAAGGCUGAUACAGAAGGUGCGCUAAAUCAAAGAUUGAAUGAAGUUAACGACAAACUUCUGCAAGUAGAGGCCAUUAAUUGCAAUCUAAACAAGGAGUUGCAAAUCGCGAAAAGAGAAAGUGACAAAUCUAAAAAAGAAUAUGAAACACUGGUACAAAAAUCUCCCAACUCGAAUCAAGUAUCUGAGUUGAAUAAUCAACUGUCUCAAGCAGGAGCUAAAUUGUCUAAGCUGGAAUCUGAUCUUAAAGCUGCAGAAGCACAAUUACAAACUAAAGAUGACCAAGUUAAGAAAUAUCAAGUGGAUUUAACUGAAUCACAGAAGAAACUCGUUGAAAAGGAAAAUCUACUAUCAUCUGCUGACCAAUCAAAUGAGAAGGAUAAACGUAUUUCAGAACUUACUCAAAAAGUUAUGGAACUAGAAGCAGCAAAUGAUAGUUUAAAAAGCGCUAAAGAUAGCACGCAAGGAAGUGAAAGUGACAAAGUAAAGGAGUUAGAAGUUCAACUGAAACAAAAUGCUGACUCACAAAAGGCAUUACAAGAAUCUGUGGAUACGUUAAAAGCAAAAAAUAAUGAGUUGCGAGAAAAGAAUUGGAAAGCAGUUGAUGCUCUUGGAAAAUCAGAAGAGGAAAGCAAAAAAAAGCAAAAAGAACUUGAGAAGAGUUUAAUGAAAGGUCUAAAACAACUACAUCCUGACGUAAAAAUUCCUUCACAUGAUGGUGACCUUGACGCUUUGUUUGUAAACUAUGAGCAAAAUCUAAAAGCUCAGGCAGACAAACCAAACAAAGAAUUAGACGAUACAAAAGCAGAAAAUGAGGCACUCAAAAAAGAAAUAGAAGAAUUAAAAAGCAAAACUGUGGUUGAACAAUCAUCUGAAGAUUUAUCUAAAAUCCAAGCAGAAAGUGCCCACCUGAAAAGUGUACUAGCUGAUACGGAAUCUAUGUUAAGUCGCCUGCAAGCUGGUGUCGAUGCCGAAGUAGCCAAAUGGCAGAAAAAAGUGGAAGAUAAGGAUGGUGAGCUCGAAGAUGCAAACAAGAAAGUAGCAGAUCUAGAGGAAGUGUUGAAAGAGCAUGGCUUCCAGAAGGAAGAAGCAUCACAGGAAGAUAUUGCCUCCACACCUAGUAAAAAGAAAAAACAUGGGUUUAAAUACACUCUCACCAAAAUCAUUCACCCAAAGAUGGAAGAAACUUUAAAAGAAUCGCAAAGUGAAAAUGCAAAGUUGAAGACUGACAAAUUAAAUCUUGAGCAGCAGCUAAAAUCCGCCCAAAAAGACUUAGAGGCAGCUAAGAAAGAGGCGGAAAAGAGUGCGGAGUCCUCAAACGAAGUGACAGAUCUUAAUGCCAAACUAAAGAAAACUAUUUCCGAACGAGAUUUGCUCAUUCGUGAAUAUAAAGCUAUGAAAGACACUAAAACGUCGUUAGAAACGAAUUUGAAAAAAGCUACGCAAGAUGCUAAGACGAAUACUGAGACGCAUCAGAAGGAAAUUAAAAAGCUAAAAGACCAAUUGACCGCUGCAGAAAACACAUCUAAAUCAAGCGGCAAGAGCGAUAAAGAAAAGGAUAAACUGAUAGGGAAAUUGUACUUAGAAAUAGAAGAGUUAAAAGAAGACCUACGAGAAGAACGUGACCGUGUUAUUGUUGACAUAGAAACACCAGAUUCCGAGGAGCUACACAAACAAGUAGACGAGUUAAUCAGUGAGAAACAGAAUUUAAGUUUAAAACUGAACGAUCUCGAGAAAUCAUUUCAAGAGGAGCAGUCAGACAAAGAUAAGCUUCUCAACUUAGAAUCAAAACUUAAAGCAGCCGAAGCAAGAGUACAGGAAUUAGAAAGUCAACAAAAUACGCGUAUAGAAAGUCAAAUCAGCGAUGCUAUGCAACAGGCUGCUGGAACGACUGUAUAAUUUAUCAUUCUCCAAAAACAUUGGAAUUGGAAGAUUCGUGGAAUUUUCUGCCAUUAUUGAAUUUUAUAUACCUUAUAAAUUGUUACAUAUGGAAUUAGCAAGCUGAAGUAUAGAUAGUGUUCGUUUAUUCUUGAGUUUCAUUUUUUACGUAUUUUUUUCUCCUUGUCGUUUUAUUGCCAUGCUAUUGUUUGGAUGUUCUUUUCUACCCAAAUUUUGACUUUUCUUUCGAUAUCACCAGUUACUUUCCAAUGACUUCUUCUUCGCCCAAUGCAAAUAUUUUAAUUUUUGAAGAGCGUGAAGUGUUCACUUUUUUUAAUAAACAUUUCACAUCGUUAUUUUUUCUUGUAUUUCAUGAAAGGAGGGAAAAACAUUUUUUCAA